AUGUCCUUCAGAGAAAUAAGAAAUUUCAUUGAACAGAUGAGGGCCUUGGACUACCCCAGGUUGAUCUCUCUGGAGAGCUUCCGGCGACCAAACUUCCCUCUGCUGGCAGACGUCCUCAAAUGGCUCGUCAAGAGCUUUGAGCCCCACGUGAACAUUCCCACCGAUGUGGCCUCAGAGACAGCCAGGGUGACGUUCGUCCGAGCUGUGGCCCAGUUCAUGGUGACGAAGGCUCAAAUACAGCUCAACCUGAAGCAUCUCUACCAGGCCGAUGGCUAUGCGGUGAGAGAGAUGUUAAAAAUCUCCUCUCAGCUCUACGCUGCUUUGAAUAACGAGCACACGACCGCGGAGGACCGAGUCGAAGUGAUUGACAGGGAGUUCAAGUUCGACUGCGGCUCAUGGAUGUCUGAUCUGAAAGCAGUUCGACAGCUGACGUCCGAGGUCACGGCUUCAGGAGCCUCUCUGUGUGAUUUACUGAGAGAAGAGGUGUCUCUCAGGAACAAGAGAACAGCUGCCAUCACCAGACCUCUGGACAUCAACGAGACCCAAAAGGCCUUCAGAGCCGCCAUCAAGGAGGUUUUGUCGAGUGCAGAGAAGACCGCAGACUUGCUGCGUAGCGUUGAGUCUGACGCAGCCAUUCUGGACGCUAAGAUCGAGAGAAAGAUGAAGGAGGUGGAGUGGACUCAGAUGAGACUUCAGACAUGUCAGAGCAUCAGGCCGGUGUACAUGGACGAAUACGAGGAGAUCGAGGCACAACUGGAAAAAGCUCAUGAGAACUAUGCGAUUAAGUUCAGGUGCCUCACUCACCUGGAUUCUCUGAUGGAUCAGUACAACAAAGUGGAGCAGCAGAAGCUUCAGGAGGCUGAAAACGCCAGAAGGAGGAUGGCGAGUGAUAGUUUGUGGGGCGCCGAGGACGACGAGGACUCUGACACAGGGAGCUCAGAGGACGAAGGCUCCGACGGCCGCAGAGAAGAGUGUCGCGGGGCAGGAGAAGAUAUCAUAUCAUUUCCUUCAUCAAGGAACAGAUAUUGA